CCAGGUUUCUGUUUCCGGUCCGUGUUGAUUCGAUCAGAGGGAGAACAUUCUGUUAUUGAUCAGCGGCCAACAAACAGUUAAUCAUCAUAAUGAUAACGGAGACUUGAAUCUGACCAAUCACAGAGAGGGACGCCUUCUGACGUCACCGCUGGUUAAAAACAGUCAGCUGAUCAGAAAGUUCAGUUGAUCAGAGAGCUGCAAACCGAUGAUGCUGUGCCUGGUGGUGUGUGUGUUGCUGGUCUCUGGUCUGGUCCUCAGCGGGCCGUCCCCCCCCAGACGACCUGGUCACUCUGAUAAACCAGCGCUGGCCCUGGACCCUGAAGUACACAUGAACAUCACGGAGAUCAUCAGGUACUGGGGUUACCCUGCAGAGGAACACGAGGUCCUGACGGAGGACGGCUACAUCCUGACCGUCAACAGGAUCCCUCACGGACUCAAACAGACCUCAGGUGUGAGGCCAGCGGUCUUCCUGCAGCACGGCCUGCUGGCGGCAGGCAGUAACUGGAUCACCAACCCGCCAAACUCCAGUCUGGGCUACGUGCUCGCAGACGCCGGAUAUGACGUCUGGAUCGGAAACAGCCGCGGAAACACCUGGUCCAGGAAACACCGCACGCUCUCACCGGACCAGGACGAGUUCUGGAGCUUCAGUUAUGAUGAGUUGGCUCUGAAGGAUCUCCCAGCUGUUGUAAACCACGUCCUGAAGGUGUCGGGUCAGGACCAGAUCUACUACAUCGGACACUCUCAGGGGACCACCAUAGCAUUCAUAGCGUUCUCCACAUUGCCUGAACUGGCCAGUAAGAUCAAGAUGUUCAUUGGUUUGGCUCCCGUGGCAACCGUCCAAUUCACCUCCAGCGCCAUGACCAAGCUGACCUUCAUGCCCGAGUUCCUCAUCUGGGAGGUAUUCGGUAAGCGGGACUUCAUGCCUCAGAGUAAGAUGAUCGAGUGGUUUUCUGAGAACGUGUGUGCGAAGCUGGUUCUGGGAGAGUUGCUGUGUGGAAACCUGUUCUUCAUCCUCUGUGGCUUCGACGUCACAAACCUCAACGUGACUCGAAUUCCAGUCUACACUGAACACUGUCCUGCGGGGACCUCAGUCCAGAACAUGAUCCACUGGGCCCAGGGGGUUCACGGAGGAAAACUGAUGGCGUUUGACUUUGGAAAAUUAGGAAACAUGAAACACUACAACCAGACCACGCCCCCUGAGUACAAGGUCCAGGACAUGAAGGUCCCCACUGCGCUGUUUUCAGGGGGAAUGGACACCUUGGCCGACCCCGAAGACAUGGCUAUACUCCUCACUCAGGUCUCAAACCUGGUCUUCCAUAAGCACAUUGAACACUGGGACCAUCUGGACUUUAUCUGGGGCCUGGACGCUCCUGAAGAGAUGUUCCCCUCCAUCCUGAAGCUGCUGCAGCAACACGAACACAGCCACCUGUAGAGGGCGCCACAGGGCCACAGUGUGUGUGAGGCACGUCUGUAGUACAGUCAGGGGACCACAGCUGGUUUACAUGAGCAGCAGGUUCUAGGUUUUGUGUGUGUGUGUGUGUGUGUGUGUGUGUGUUCAAACACCUCAAACACACUGCCGGCCACACUGUUUUUAUUCAAAAAAGUUUUUAAAAGUAAUCGAUAAUAAAAGUUUUAAUCAGAAAAAAGUACUUUGAUUAUCAAAAGUAAAAGUAAUCAUUGUUAAUUAUAAAAUAUUAAAUUCUGUUUUUAUCCCUAAUGAACACAUGUAGUAUUUUAGCAUAUUAGUACAACAGUACUACUGGUAGUACAUAAAGUAUCUGAUGUAUUAGUAGAAUACUACUACUAGUACUGCAUCAUGUCAUAGUUUUAAUGUACAAAGUAGCUAAUGUUUUUUAAUAAAUGCAGUGCAAUAGAAAGUACAAGUACAAUAAUUACCUCGGAGAUGGAGUGAAAGAUUAAGUACAAGGACAUGGAAUUACUCACGUAAAAUACAAAUGUACGCUGACUCUAAACUACAGACAUCAGCAUGUUAGCAUUGUCAUUGUUAGCAUGUUAUCAUUGUCAUUGUUAGCAUAUAAUUAUUGUCAUAAUUAGCAUGUUAGCAUUGUCAUUGUUAGCAUAUAAUUAUUGUCAAAAUUAGCAUGUUAGCAUUGUCAUUGUUAGCAUGUUAGCAUUGUCAUUGUUAGCAUAUAAUUAUUGUCAUAAUUAGCAUGUUAGCAUUGUCAUUGUUAGCGUGUUAGCAUGCUGUUGGACUCAGUGGGUGUGUUUGAGGUGUUUCUGUUACCAGGGGUUAGCUCCGUUCCAGGUAGAAGGUUCAACAAACUCUGAGUUUAUCCCUGACCACUUUGUUGAUUUACCCUCAGAUGGGAAACUGAGAUUCUGGUUCCAGAAAAGCUGAAGUGAGUUAGUUUGAUCAUCUAGGUAGUAGGUUCUCUCUGUGUUAAGUGCAUGCACCUCUAAUAGUCAGGAUUAGGCAGCAUUAAUGGAGCCACGAUAUUACGAUUCACCAUGGCAACAAAUUGUGUAAAUCCUCCUGCGAACGUACGGUGAGUAGGAAGAUAUUAAUAGAAAAACAGCAACACGGUUGCAGCUUUGAAUUUAGUUUAUUUGGAGAAUGUUGUUGAGAUAAAUUACGGAUUGUGAGGAAAAACAUUUACGUUCCAUAAGGAAACUAUCAGGGUACCAAGUACAUGAUUUCAAGGAAAAGAUGAGGGUUUUUAUACCUGCAUAUUGAUCUGCAGAGUGUGAAAAGAGCCAGAGUCAGAGUGGAGGGUUCAAAGACAUGACAGACGUCCAUAAAAGCGUUUUCCUGACACAGUCCUUGAGUAACAAAGUAAUAUCCAAACAGGAUGUGAGAUUGAGAGAAACUCAAGAGUUUGUUGAAGGAGCAGGUUAGGUUCUCAGAGCCAGUAACCAUGGCAACUCAGACUUUAAACACAGAGUUUAAGUUUCCUCCCUUUCUGGAACGGGAAACCCAGAGUUCCCCUGAUUUCAGGGUUAACAUACUCCACAGUAGGCGACCUUGAGUGCCUUGAAAGGCGCCCUAUUAAAUAAAAUGAAUUAGAGUUAUCAGAAACCCUCCUUCUGGAUCAGGCUGUACUUGAACUAUAUUUCCCAACACUUCUGAAUUCCCGUUUGAGUUUUCAUUACAACAACAACAACAGCUGUUUUUGGAGGUUUUGGCGCCCAGUGCUGUUGCAAUUCCACCAGAUGGAGCUGCAGCCCUGCAGGAAGCUGUGUAUUUUGUCUGUUUCUUUUAUUUUGAAGGUAUUUCUGGUGUCACAGAAAAACCACUGAGUGUUUUUAAUCCUCCUGCACUGAUCUUAAUACUGGAUUUGCUGAUUUGUUUCUACAGCUCUGUCAUGUUUUUAAAUACUUUAAAACAAAUCAGUCUCUUAUUGUGACAAUCCUCCUUGGACAGACAGCCAAUCAGAGCUGGCCUUUGUGUUGGUGGUUUGAUGACAACAACAGUGGAUUGGUCGGUAGUGUUUUUAGCUAAUGUUAGCAUUUCAUUUAGCUAAUGUUAACAUCUCAAAGCAACAAAAAGCUUUCAAUAUUUGAAUAAAUAAAUAAAUGCUUUUCUUUGGUAUUAAUCGCAUUAAAAGACCUGUCAGUCAAGUCAGGAGGCGGAGCUGCAUCCAGUCAUAUGGCUUGAAUUAUGGCCGGCAAAACUAAACUUUUACUUUGAAGCUUGAAAAUAAUUUCUGUUGUAUUUCUGCUUACUGUGAAAUUUGUAACUUUUAUUAAACUGUCCAAUAAACCUAACUAAAAAA